CAUUCAAUUAAGUAGUCCUAGUCAUCUCCGAGUUGAGAGAUGAAACCAUCUACAAAGCAUUAUUCACUUUUUUUGAAUAAUUUUCUGAUCCUUGCUAUUGUUGCAGUAGUAGGGGUUUUCCCACAACAUGUAAUCUCUGCAGGCUCAAAGGUUGAUGUUCUUCCUGGCUUUGAAGGAUCCCUCCCUUUCCAUCUUGAGACUGGGUACAUUGGUGUGGGUGAAUCCGAGGAAAUACAACUAUUCUACUACUUUGUUAAAUCAGAAAUAAAUCCAAAAGAUGAUCCUCUCAUACUUUGGAUUUCUGGAGAACAGGGUUGUUCAUCUUUAACCGGACUUAUCUAUGAAAUAGGGCCACUAUUUUUUGACGCAAAAGUGUAUAAUGGAACCCUACCAACAUUGUUGUUUAAUGAACAAUCAUUAACAAAGAAUGCGAGCAUGAUCUUUUUGGAUCAACUGCCAAAUAUUGGAUUUUCAUACUCGACCAAUACAACCACUAACACUGAUGUACAAGCGAGCAAUUACGUUUAUGAAUUUCUACAAAAGUGGUUUAGCGAGAAUCAAGACUUUAUAUCGAAUCCGUUCUUCAUCGCUAGUAGUUCUUAUGGAGGUCUUAUUGUUCCUACUAUUGUUCAACUUAUAUCAGAUGGAAAUGAAGCUGCCAAGACGCCAAUCAAUCUUGAGGGAUAUAUAUUGGGCAACCCCAAAACUUUUCCUCAUGAAGAAAAUUUCAAAGUUGUAUUCGCAUAUGGAAUGGGAUUUCUCACAACUGAAUUCUAUGAGUCAUUGAAGGAAAGUUGUGAAAAUGAGUAUAUGAACGUAGAUCCAGAGAACGAAUUAUGUGCUCAAGGCCUUCAGAAGUUCAAUAAGUUGGUGGAUGGGGUUUCUGAUCAACACGUUCUUGAGGCCUACUGUGGACCUGAAGAACCUACCCCAGAGGCAUCUUUUGGUGCAAGAAGAGCUCUUGAUGAGCAACGUAUCAGAUCUUUCAACGAGAAAUUCCUCAAUCUGUAUGGUGAUGAUGAUGAUGAUAGGAUCUGGUGUCGUGUUGACUACCACCGACUUUCCAACUACUGGGCAAAUGACCCUAGCGUCCAAAACGCUCUUCACGUUCGUAAGGACUCUUCCAAAAGGUGGACGAGGUGCAAUUGGAAUACUGUGUCAAAAACCUACGAGGUUACGGUACAGGACACAAGAUUGCAACAUGCAAUUCUUAAUGCUAAAGGCUAUCGGUCACUUAUAUACAGCGGUGAUCAUGAUAUGAUUGUUCCGUUCCAAUCAACUCAAGCCUGGAUAAGAGAUUUGUACUAUACCAUCGAUCAUGAUUGGGCUCCAUAUUUCGUGAAUCAUGAAGUUGGCGGUUACACAAGAAAUUUCACCAGUAAGAUGACAUAUGCAACAGUAAAGGGAGCAGGGCACAUUGCUACGGAGCAGAAGCCUGAGAUGUGUGUUGGUUUGAUUUCGCGAUGGAUAGCUGGAAAAGACAUAGCUUUCCUCCCAUUCUCUACAGUAACAACAGCAUUCAAACAAUUUAUGCAAUCUGGAAAAGAUAAAUUAUCAACUUUCUCCCAGCUCCUGCAGGCUGAAACUAGAGACUUCCCAUUUAUCCUCGGAUAAUUAAGUAGAUGUUGUUCUACGUUAAUGCAAUUAAUUAAGGAUAGUAAAAUGAUGUUGGAUGCAUACAUGUAUUAGAGUGGACUAUUGGAUGGGUUUGUGGGGAUAGUGUCACUCCCAUUAUUAUCCACAGAAGUUUUUGAUGUUUAAGGAUUGAAAUAAAAGCUCUCUGAUUAAUUAAUGAUAAAUAAGUUUCAAUUUUAUUAAGAA